ACGUCGGUCUCGCCCUUCGAAGCCACAGCCGCGCUGCCGUCGUUCGAGCACUCCACCAACUUGAUCCACAGCGUCUUGGUCUCGACCUCGUCGUUCAUCCCCGUCUCUGUCGUCAUCGUCGCCAUCACCCUGAUUCAGUCCAUCGUCCUGAAUCGCACCCGCUACAUCUCCGAGGGCUCUGAACCGCAUCUGUUUGUCAUUGCCCUGAUGGUGGCGCACAAGCUGCACGACGAUCACUCUGUCGUCAACGUUGCCUGGUCCAAGGUCACCGGCCUGCCCAAGCAGACCGUCGCCCUGAUGGAGCGCGAGUUCUGCCUCGCGCUGGACUACCGCCUCUUUGUCCACCAACACACCUACGACCAGUGGGUCGACUACUUUGUCCUCCACGAAAAGCUC